AUGGAGCUCUUGCAGUAUAUUAUUUUGAUUUGCGCUCUCUACUUUGUGGAGGCCAAAUUUUUACAUCUGGAUUAUCAAUACGAUGAAGACGCAAAGGUUUGGUUAAAACUCCACAACUUGAAGACAGGUUGGCAUCAAGCACGGAAAGUAUGCAAUAUGGAAGGUGCAAUUUUGGCAUCGCCAUUGGAUGAAACGCUAAAAGAUGCAUUGGAUACUUACUCGAAAGCCUACGGCAUUGAUCGGUUGUACGUCGGAAUACACGCAACGUUUUCUAGUCAAAUAUGGCAUUCGAUUGAAGGAAUAUCAUUAGAAAAUUUAGAAGAUCAUUUAAAUAUUAGUCAAAUGGAGAACAGUGACUACCGAUCCUGCGCAAUUAUGGAGGCUGGAUAUGUGAUAAACGUCGGAUGUCAAGAAAAGUUUCCGUAUAUUUGCUACAAAAGUAAAAAUGUUAGUAGGGAACUUACAGCCUGUGGAACUACUGAUACAGCUUAUCAACUGGACAAACGAACUGGCAAUUGCUACAAGUUCCACGCUGAAGCAAAGUCGUGGGUCGAAGGAUUCGAGACUUGUUUUGCAGAGCAAGCAUACUUGGCGAUAAUCAAUAGUUAUGCUGAGUCACAAAUCUUAACAGAUAUUUUUGCCAAUCACCCCAGUAACACGAUCUACGCUGACCAUCCAAAUGUCAUGAAUAUUGGUAUGAUUGAUUGGGAACAUAACAGAGAAUGGUAUACAAUUCAUGGCGAACGUUUACAAGAUUCUGGAUAUUCUUCGUGGAAUAGAGGAGAACCAAAUAAUGCAGACAAUAAUGAAUAUUGUGGCUCAAUUCACAGAAAUGGCCUUUUAAAUGACGAACCGUGCUUAAAAAAGAAUGUUUUUAUCUGUGAAAAAGAUGUAAAAUUUGUGCCAAAAGAAAACACUACGGAAAACCUAUAUACGACUGACUCUGAAUCUAGAGAAAAUCUAUAUACGACUGAGUCUGAACAUAGUGAAAAUCUAUAUACGACUGAGUCUGAACAUAGUGAAAAUCUAUAUACGACUGAGUCUGAACCUAGUGAAAAUCCAUAUACGGCAGAGUCUGAACCAAGUGACAAUCUAUAUACGACUGAGUCUGAACCUAGUGAAAAUCUAUAUACGACUGAGUCUGAACCUAAUGAAAAUCUAUUUACGACUGAGUCUGAACUUAAUGUAAAUCUAUAUACGACUGAGUCUGAACCUAGUGAAAAUCUAGUUAUUACGUAUGAC